AUGCACGAGAAAGGUGUUACAAAAUCACAACAUAUGUUAGUACCUAAUGUAAGAAAUGAAGAUAUACCUGCCAAAAAAUUGCCACAACAUAUUGCCAGUUUUUCAUCAUGUCUUGGAGCAUUAGUAGCUGGUCUGAUACUAGGAUGGACCUCCUCUGCUGGUAUUGAUGGAAAGUCACUAGAAUCUGUAUACAAUAUAGAAAUAUCUCCAACUGACUUUUCAUGGAUUAGUUCAAUAGCUACACUUGGAGCAGCAGUGAUGUGCAUUCCUACCGGAAUCCUCUGUGAUAAUGUGGGGAGAAAAAAUACAAUACUUGCAAUGAUAGUACCCCUUACUAUAUGCUGGCUGUUUAUCAUUUUUGCCAACUCAGUACUUAUGUUUUAUGUCGGUAGAUUCAUGGGUGGUAUUAGUGUUGGAGCUUUUUGUGUAGCCUUACCUAUAUACACCACAGAAAUAGCCGAGGAUAAGAUUCGUGGAAGUUUAGGAUCUUAUUUUCAGUUACUCUUUGCUGUAGGCAUUUUAUUAUCUUAUAUAAUUGGAAGUUUUGUCAACAUGUAUACAUUAUCUAUUAUAUCUGCUAUUACGCCGUUUAUAUUUUUUGGAACUUUCAUAUUCAUGCCAGAAUCGCCUAUACAUUAUUUGCAAAAAGGCGACGAAGAUUCCGCGAGAAAAAGUUUAAUUAAAUUACGCGGCGAUAAAUACAAUGUAGAGGGCGAAUUGCGAAAGCAACGGAAAAUACUAGAAGAAAAUGCUAAGAUCAAAAAAUCGUUUUUCGUUUCGAUAAAAUCGAAGGCUACUAUAAAAGGUUUCAUAAUUUCUUAUGGCCUCAUGUUUUUUCUACAAUUCUGCGGUAUAAAUGCGAUUAUCUUUUACGUUGGCAUUAUUCUCAAAGAAACUGGGAGUACUUUAAACGCCAGUAAUUCAAGUAUUAUUGUAGGUGUAAUGCAAGUAGUAACUGUCGUUGCAAGUGCGUUGGUGGUAGAUCGUGUAGGUAAAAGAAUAUUGUUGCUCUUGUCUGCAGUAUUCAUGUGCCUAUCAACUGCUGCUCUUGGAGUAUAUUUCUAUCUUGUAGAAAACGGGAAGGAUGUUGAUGCAAUUAAUUGGUUACCUUUGGCAUCAGUAUGCGUCUUUAUUAUCGCGUAUAACGUCGGUUUUGGCCCUAUCGCGUGGGUGAUGCUGGGUGAACUUUUCGUACCAGAGGUAAAAGGUGUAGCUGCAAGUAGUGCCGCUGUUUUAAGCUGGUUAUUUGCUUUUAUUAUAACUAAAUGUUACGACGAUGUAAAAGAAGCCAUUCAUACGGGACCUACAUAUUGGAUACUUUCUGCAAUAAGUGCUGUUGGAACUUUGUUUGUAUACUUCGUAGUUCCCGAGACUAAAGGCAAAUCUUCGAUAGAAAUCCAGCGAGAAUUGAAUAGCUCGUGA